AUGCCUCCUCUUGCCCUCCUUGCUGGCAUGUACUCGGCGAGAUAUUCUCGCCGAGUCGAACUCCAGCGGGAGGGACUUGCAGGGGAUGCUUUGCGAGAGGCCCUCGCCAGGUCGGAGCGCCAAGCCCGGCGGCAACUGCUCCUUGGUUGGGAGCGGCUCCUGAGCGAGCCAAACGUGGACGCUCAGGAAGUUGUCCGGGUCGUCCGACCCCACUUACAAGUGUGGUUGGACAACGGGGUCGGACGCCUCACCUACCGUGUGACGCAGGUGCUUACCGGGCAUGGCUGCUUUGGUGAAUACCUGUGUCGCUUCGGACGCGAGUCAACGACGCAAUGUCACGAAUGCGGUGCGGCCAGCGACUCGGUGGAGCACACCGUGGAAGAAUGUCCACGGUGGGCUUCGGAACGCCGAAAACUAGUCGCCAAUAUAAGAGAAGACCUCUCCCUGGAGGGCCUGUUACGGGCGCUGGCCUCCAGGGAAAGAGACGAGUGGGAAGCGGUAGUCUCCUUCUGCUCCGCGGUGAUGGAGCAGAAGGAGGCAGCCGAACAAAAAAGGGAGAGACUACCUCUCCUUCUGGGGAGACCCCGAAGACGUGCGCGAGCGGGUGGCUGGGCCCACGCUUCCCUCGCACGUCCUAGGGGUCGUGGCAUGCCCCCCAUGUGA